AUGUCUACUGGUCCGUACGUCAACACCGCUCACAAUACCAACUAUGGAGUCAAGGCCAGCAAUGGCACCAUGGGCAUUCUUUGCUCCGGUACGAAGGUUUUGAUCAUUCUCCGCCGGCGCAAAGACAAGGACGUUCGAGAGAAUGGUCCCCCAGUUACAGACACUUGGUCCUUUCCGGGUGGCGGCCUGGAAGCAGACGAGACACCAGAGCAGUGUAUCGUGCGUGAGAUGAGGGAGGAACUCGCGGUGGAUGUAGUCAUCAAGCCCAUCGGUGAUGAGCCAGCGUGGGGUAUGACCGACGAUGACAUAAACGGAAAACUAUGGCGGUGCACAUUCUUUGUCGUGGAACAGGUCAAUCAUAGCCAGGAAGUUAAGAUCAAUGAACCGACGAAGCACGUUGCUCUCGAAUGGGUCGAAUGGACUGAGCUAUGGGCUAUGAUUAAAGCUGACAUGGAGGGGGGCGGCGAGGCUGACGAAUCCGGACAAAGGAUGUCUUUCUUCGCGACUAUGAAGAACAUGGUCUUGAAAUACCCCGUCGCAAAGCAGCCCAUGACCAAUCCAUCACCCACAUCCCGGACUCUCACGUGGCACGAUAUUCCUGAGUGGCGGCAAGACAACAAGUACAUCCUCGCCGGCUAUCGCCCGUUGGAAGAAGACGAUCUACAAGUCAUCAAAAGUCUUACUUUCUUGCACAAUGAGACCUGCAACGUGUAA